CACAGCCUCCCGGCAAGGCGGGGCAGUGGGGCUGCAUCUGACCACCAUGGGCAGGAGGCCCAGAACCCUGUCACAGAGACCGGGACCCCUGGGUUCCCAGAGGCCAGGAUCAGCUGCCAGGGGGUAUCGCUCUGUCCCACCAGGCCCACCCUUCUCUUUGCCAUUUAUGUGAAUUGUGAGGAAGCCUCCACAGCGAUGCUGGCGCUCCCUCCUAGCAGGUGGGCCUCUGGGAUCUCGGCGCCGAGUCCUCACUCUUCGCUGCCAGGGCCAGCAGGGCAUCGGGGGUUCAGCCAAAGGCAGUUCAGGUGCUUCCUCUUCACCAGAGGGUAAAGGGGGUGGUACGGGUUGGGGGGCUCACACAAACAGGAGAGAGGCUUGAUUGGGUCUGUCUGGGACGGCUCAGGGCAUCAGGGUGAGACUGAGGCAAAGCGACUCUAGGGCGCAGGAGGGGUAUCGGGCUGGGUGUCCUGCCCCUGGGAGGACAAGUGGCUGAGUUGCUAACACUUGCUGACCCUAAGGAGCCUGCAAGGGCAGGAGCAGAAUCAGAGGAGCAGGGGCACCAAGGGACUUGCCAUUGCCUUGGAGGGGCACAGGAAGGGGCCCCACCGCCAUGCCCACCUGAUCUGCCCGGUGUGAAGGGCAGGCCUCACACCCUGCCUGAUGUUUCUUUGGCUUUUGUCCUUGUGUGCCCCAACCUGUUCUGUCCUGCCUCACAGGCCUCUGCCAUAGAGCUGCCCCACACCAGGCCUGCCUUAGUGUCUGCCUGGGGCACAGCCCCUCCGGGUGAACUGGGGCCUGGCCAGGCAAUCCCUCCCUGGGGUUUGGCUUCUGCCCAGUGGGGAGAGUAGAAAUCAGAGUCCACACAAGAGUGGGACUCAGCUCCACUCGAAUCUAUUUUAGACCUCUGGGCCACAUCCGCUCUCUGCCCCCCUCUGACCUGUCCCGGCUCAUCCAUUGCAAACUGAAGCUGGGCUGGGUCUCCAAGGGAGAGCGAGGAGGGCCUGGGGGAGAGGGGAGCCUCCUGGGGCCUAUGUCCCAGGCCUGGCAGUCUGAUUGCAGCUCACCCUCCUCCCUCAUUCCCUGGGACUGCCCAGGCAGCCACAGCCCCAACCACGACAUCCUUUGGGGUUUGGCUUACAGAGCUUGAGCGGAUGACCCCCAAAUAGCCCUGGCAGAUUCCCCCAUGGUCCACCCAUGGUCAGAUGCCCCUCCCUCCUCGGGCGCAGCUGUGAGAGUAUAAACCGUGCUGGAGCUGGAGAAGGAGCUCAGCGGAGUCCCAAGCAGCAGCCCAGCAGCCACUGACAGGCAAACCAUGAGGCCCACGGCAGUCCUAGCUCUGCUGGCCCUGGCUGCCCUCUGCCUUGCUGGCCCGGCAGAGGCAAAGCCCCGCAGCGCCGAGUCCGGCAAAGGCACAGCCUUCGUGUCCAAGCAGGAGGGCAGCGAGGUGGUCAAGAGACUGCGGCGCUACGUGGACAAUGGGCUGGGAGCCCCAGCCCCCGCCCCAGAUCCCCUGGAGCCCAAGAGAGAGGUCUGCGAGAUGAACCCCAACUGUGACGAGCUGGCGGACCACAUCGGCUUCCAGGAUGCCUAUCGGCGCUUCUACGGCACAGCCUAGAGCCUGCAGGCCCCGGGCCCCUGCCAGUGCUUCUCCAGGACCUGACCACUUUCCGUCCCCGGCCCUGCCCUCCCUGCCCCGCAAGCGUGGGGUCCCUAGCAUCCCAGCUGCUCCAGAAUAAACCCCAGAAGAGGACUUGGUGGGGCUGUGAUUC